AAGCCGUAUUCUGUUGAAACAAUUUGAAGCUAGCAAAAUUUAGUCUGAAUUUUACAAUACUUGAAUAAUAUAAAAUGGAAAAGUUAGAACCAGACGUCGCCGUAAUGCUGAAUAAGGUUGCAAAUAAAGACAAGAUGUCAACACUGUCGUACGAAGUUGAAGAAAAAACUAAAAGUGAAAGUGGAUAUUUGGGAACUAUGUAUUAUGUCAUUAUCCAUUAUGAUGAGAAACAUAUUGAACGAUACGUAGUGAUAAAAAAGGCCCUGGAGAAACAGAAGAUAAGAAGAAACUUUCCGAUAAGUAGAAUUUUUCAAAAUGAAUGUUUAUUUUACAAUAAAAUUUGGCCCACACUUCUAAGUUUCCAAGAACUAUAUUAUGGCACUGGUAAAGCAAGGUUCAAUAAAAUACCUACCUGUCAUGUGGUAUCCGAAAAACAUGACCAAUUGGUUUUGGAAAAUUUAAAGUAUAAGAACUUCAAACCAGCCGAAAGGCGAUUGUUUUACGAUAAGGAACAUCUCGAACUGAUCCUCAAGGAGUACGGAAAAUUCCAUGGAGUAUCUAUGGCUUACAAACUGAAGUUCAACAAACAGUUUAAAUAUUACACUGCAAAAAUGUAUGAUUUCUGGAAAGAUAUCAAUAAACUACCAGCUAUGAAAGUAUACUUAGAAAUUACAAUGCAUCAGUGUUACGCGUACUUAGUUUCUGAAUCGAAAAAAGGACCCAUGAUAGGAUUUCUCAAAUAUGCCCAAGAUUUAGAGAAAUCUAUGCGGCCCACCAGAUACUGCGAUGAUUACAGUGUUAUUCUACACGGUGAUUGCUGGAGCCAUAACAUAAUGCUGAAAUAUAACGAUUCCGGGAAACCAAUAGACCUCAGACUAAUAGAUUUUCAAUUUGCCUAUGUCGGGACCCCAGUUUACGACCUGUCAUAUCUGAUAUAUUCAGGAGGUACUAAAGAAAUUUUUGAUGAACUGGAUCACUAUCUGGAAGUUUAUCACGAGUCUUUGAGAAAUACUUUGAGGAAAUACGAGUGCGAUCCGGACACUUAUCCUUUCCAUAUGCUCAAAUAUGAAUGGACCCGUUACUCUAAUUUUGGAUUUGUUAUGGGUCUCGUUUUGAUUAAGGAAAAAUUUAUGUACGAAAAUAAAGAAAUGACUUUGUCCGAAAUUAUCGAUAAUAUUGACAAUCUGAAGGACUUCGACAAAACAAGAUUUGAUAUAGAGGAAGUCAAAAAGAAAUCUUUGGAAUUAAUUGACCAUAGAUUCAAAAUGGCCAUUAUGUAAUAAUUGGUAU